CUACAGCGUCGAUGGCGAGAAUGCGACGGCCAACGGCAGCGCGGCCGCCAACGGCAGCUUGCGCACCGGCGCGCCGACAGCCGCCGAGCCCAUAUCCGACGUCAUCGUCAUGGGCGUCACCUCCCUCGUCCUGGGCCUACUCAUCCUCGCCACCAUCAUCGGUAAUGUGUUCGUGAUUGCGGCCAUCCUGCUGGAGCGGAAUCUUCAGAACGUGGCCAACUACCUGAUCGUGUCGCUGGCCGUUGCAGACCUGAUGGUCGCCUGUCUCGUCAUGCCGCUCGGCGCCGUCUACCAGAUCAGCAAGGGCUGGAUCCUGGGCCCGGAGCUGUGCGACAUGUGGACGUCGAGCGACGUGCUGUGCUGCACCGCGUCCAUCCUGCACCUGGUGGCCAUCGCGGUGGACCGCUACUGGGCCGUCACCAACGUCGACUACAUCCACACGCGCAACUCGUCGCGCAUCGGCAUCAUGAUCAUCGUCGUCUGGGCCGUCGCGCUCAUCGUGUCGCUGGCACCGCAGUUCGGGUGGAAGGACCCGGAGUACCUGGACCGCAUCAACGUGCAGCAGCGCUGCCUGGUGAGCCAGGACGUGGCUUACCAGAUCUUCGCGACGUGCUCCACGUUCUACGUGCCGCUGCUCGUCAUCCUGGUGCUCUACUGGAAGAUCUUCCAGACGGCGCGCAAGAGGAUACACCGUCGACGCCAGCAGCGGCCGCUGACUGGAAGGUUCCUGUCCAAGCGCCGCUUCCGCCGCCUGCGCGCCAGCAAGAAGUCGUCCGCCGCCGAGGCGCUCGUGUCCUCUCUCGCGCUUGUCGAGGGGCAGUCCACCGCCUCCGCAGAAGCUAUCAGCGAUGACGCCACCAGUGGCGUCCCUGCCACCACAUCGUCGCCCACGGACGUGUGCGGCGACAGCACGGCCACCCUGGAUGGCAGCGCGCCUGCCCUGGAAACGACGGCGUUCACCAUCAGCAAGGCGGUGGAGCAGCGCAGCGCCGCGGCCGCCAACGUAGGGGCGGCGGUGGGGGCGGGGCUGGCCGCCGCCUCCAACAGCGUGUCGCCCGAGAAGUCGUCCACGCCCACCACCACCAACAACGGCUCGGCCAGCCACCAGAGCCACAUGAGCGACAUGUCGCGCUCCGAGAUCCUGCACAAGGACGGCGGGCCAGGUAUGGCGGUGGGUGGCGGACUUUUGGGCCGCACGGCAGCCGCCAUGGUGGGGGCGGUGGCGGCGUCGGGGGCGGUGCUGCCAGCGGCUUCGGGGGCUGCGGCCACCUCGACGCCGCGCGCCAAGAAGGAGAGCCUCGAGGCGAAGCGCGAGCGCAAGGCGGCGAAGACACUGGCCAUCAUCACGGGCGCCUUCGUCGUCUGCUGGCUGCCCUUCUUCAUUAUGGCGCUGCUCAUGCCGCUCUGCGACACCUGCGUCAUCAGCGAGGACCUGUCCAGCUUCUUCCUGUGGCUUGGCUACUUCAACUCCACCCUGAACCCCGUCAUUUACACCAUCUUCAGCCCCGAGUUCCGGCAGGCCUUCAAGCGCAUCCUGUGCGGUGCUGGCAGCCGACGCUCCAAGUUCCGCGCCGGCAAGCUCAGAUAACCGUCCUCUAGCGACGUGUGCCGCCGCGGCUCCAGCUACCGCUGCCGUGUCAACCAAUUACUUCACCAUUACGAAUCAUUCGAAAAUUUCCUCCUCGCACAAACACUUCUUUUUAUACGCAUGUAGGAAUUAUUAGCAUCUAGACAUUAAUCCCGUGA